AUGGACGGAGAAAACCGAAUCAUACUCAACGUCGGAGGCAUAAGGUAUGAGACGUACAAGGCGACGCUGAAGAAGAUCCCGGCCACGAGACUGUCCCGGCUGACGGAGGCGCUAGCGAACUACGAUCCCGUGCUGAACGAGUACUUCUUCGAUCGCCACCCGGGGGUGUUUGCGCAAGUGCUCAACUACUACAGAACCGGCAAACUGCACUAUCCGACCGAUGUUUGCGGCCCACUGUUCGAGGAGGAGCUGGAAUUUUGGGGCCUCGACUCGAACCAGGUCGAACCGUGCUGCUGGUCAACGUACAGCGUGCACCGGGACACGCAGAGCACGCUCGCGAUACUGGACAAGCUGGAGCUGGACGACGAGCAGCCCUCGGAGGAGGCGAUAGCGCGCCUGUUCGGCUUCGAGGAGGCCCUGCUGAACGGCGAGCUUACCUGCUGGCAGCGGACGAAGCCGAAAAUCUGGGCCCUCUUCGACGAACCGUCGAGCUCGACCGGAGCGAAGAUUGUGGCCGGCAUAUCGGUGUUCUUCAUCUGCAUUUCUGUGAUAUCCUUCUGCCUAAAGACACACCCGGGCCUGCGGGUGGAGAUUCCGGCCAUCCUCAACAUCACCACCAACGGCACCGCCGGUUGGCAGGAAACGUACGGCCAACCGCACGAAGCUUUCUUCUACGUCGAGCUCGUCUGCAACGUGUGGUUCAUCAUCGAACUGACCGUCCGGCUUGUGGUUAGCCCAAAUAUUGUCGAGUUCAUCAAAUCGCCCGUCAACAUCAUCGACCUGGCGGCCACGCUCAGCUUCUACACCGACGUCUGCCAGCGGAUGGGCGAGCAGACGGGCCUGCUGGAGGCGUUCUCGAUCGUGCGUAUCCUGCGGCUGUUCAAGUUGACGCGCCACUCGCCCGGCCUGCGCAUCCUGAUCCACACCUUCAAGGCGUCCGCCCGCGAGCUGACGCUGCUCGUGUUCUUCCUCGUGCUCGGAAUCGUCGUCUUCGCCAGCCUCGUGUACUACGCGGAAAAGCUUCAGGACAACCCAGACAACCAGUUCAAAAGCAUACCGUUGGGGCUGUGGUGGGCGAUCGUUACGAUGACCACGGUCGGAUACGGUGAUAUGGCGCCGAAAACGUACGUCGGCAUGUUCGUCGGGGCGCUCUGUGCGUUGGCGGGCGUGCUAACGAUCGCUCUGCCGGUGCCGGUCAUUGUCAGCAACUUCUCCAUGUUCUACUCGCACACGCAGGCUCGCUCGAAACUGCCGAAAAAACGACGCCGAGUGCUGCCGGUGGAGCAGCCGCGCCGGAAGCGGGACAUGGGUGCGGCCAACCGGCGGGUGAACGCACUCAAACACCAACACACGCAACCGACCCAUCCCGCCAUCUUUAAGGACGCUUUCGGUGGGGCGAAAAUAGGUGAUUUCAUCAACGUUCCUCAGCUGAGCUCCCUGCAGCCGCGCCAGCCGACGACCGGGAAUGUAGAUUUAUUGCUCCCAUUACAGCCGAAAUUGCUCGUUCCACUGGUGGAGCGGAGAGAGUCCAAACCGGAGGAGAUGAUCCCGAUGGAACCGAAGGUUACCCUCCAGAGUGAUCCGAAUGGCGCAUCCGGUAACAACACACCCGGGGACGAAUCGUGAGCCUUUUUUCUACCGUGGAUGG